UCCAAAUUCAAGCUUAGUCUCGACGCAGCUACUCAGAGACUUAUCAAUCUUUCAAGGUUUUUGGAUGUUUUCCCCUUCGCUCUGUUUCUUCAAUUUGUUUCAUAACUUUUUUUUUUCUUUUUUAUUGUUCUUUAAGCUGUUGCGAUGCAGUGAUGAUAUUCUUUCAUUAUGUUUUCUUUGUGGGUUUGGUUUGAAUUGAUUACUUUGCUUUGAUUCUCUGUGGUUUUCUGUUGUAUUUUGAGUUUUGAGCUUAAAUGAUUGAUCCCAUGGGCAAGAAAAACAGAGUUCGUGUCAAUCGGGAAGGUGGAGGACGGAGAAGAACGGUGAAUAUGGAAAACAGUGCUGGAGGAGGAAGUUCUGCAAAUAUGGGGUUCCCUAGGAUUAGGCUCAAUGAAAGAAUUCUUUCUUCCUUGUCUCGAAGAUCUGUCGCUGCUCACCCUUGGCACGAUUUGGAGAUUGGACCCGGUGCACCGUCGGUUUUCAAUUGUGUUGUAGAAAUUGGCAAAGGCAGCAAGGUUAAAUAUGAGCUUGACAAGGCCAGCGGCCUUAUAAAAGUCGACCGUGUACUUUACUCAUCAGUUGUUUAUCCACACAAUUACGGUUUCAUCCCACGUACAAUUUGUGAAGAUAGUGAUCCUAUGGAUGUUUUGGUACUGAUGCAGGAGCCUGUGCUACCUGGAUCUUUCCUCCGAGCUCGUGCUAUUGGAUUGAUGCCUAUGAUUGACCAAGGAGAAAGGGAUGACAAAAUCAUAGCAGUAUGUGCUGAUGACCCUGAAUUCCGCCAUUAUACAGACAUCAAGGAGAUUCCCCCACACCGUCUGGCUGAAAUUCGCCGAUUCUUCGAAGACUACAAGAAGAACGAAAACAAGAAAGUCGAUGUGGAAGACUUCCUGCCAGCAGAAGCUGCCAUUGAUGCCAUUAAGUACUCCAUGGACUUGUAUGCUGCCUACAUUGUUGAAAGCUUGAGGCAGUAAGUUUUUCUUUUUGAACGCAAUAAGAGAUUGGCUGUUAAAGAAACAUUUAGCAGCAAAUUUACUGAGGUACACAUGGUGUCUCAUCUUUUAACCCAUCAACUGUAACUGCUCAAUUUUUUAGUAUGAACAAUGUAUAAGUGGAAGACUUAUGUAUGCUGCCUUUCCACGUACAAUACAUUUGAUUCAAAUUGGAGCCUGUUCUGUUUGUUUAGAUGUAUCAUAAUAUUGGCUUUUCAA